AUGGCAGGAACAGCAGCACGCUUUCUGAAACGACCUCGAUCUUGUUGCGGGCGUGGAAUUCGCGCUGCUCCCAGCCACUGGAUAAGGCCCUUUUCGAGCUCCGGAGACAACAUCUAUGAUGUGGUUUGCGUUGGAGGCGGCCCGGCUGGCCUGAGCCUCUUGGCAGCCCUUCGCGCCAACCCCAUCACCUCCAGGCUUCGAGUUGCCCUCGUCGAAGCUCAAGACCUGUCUACCGCGGCCGCCUUCUCUCUCCCGCCUACCAAGUUCUCCAACCGCUGCAGCUCAUUAACACCCACAUCAGCACGAUAUCUCCACGACAUCGGAGCGUGGACGCACAUGAAGCGCGAGCGCAUUCAAGACUUCCACGAAAUGCAAGUCUGGGACGGGGUGACGGGCGCACGCAUCGAAUUCGACUGGCCAGCAGGCUCGGGCCCAAGCAAGACGAUUGCCUACAUGACGGAGAACCUGAACCUGACUUCUGGCCUUCUGAGUCGCAUCGCUCAGCUGGGCGGCGUCGAUAUCUUUGACAAGUCGAGAGUGGAAAACAUUCAUCUCGGAGAAGAGAGCGAAGAGGGCGAUGGCCUGGACCUCAGGGACUGGCCUGUUGUUCGCCUGUCGAACGGCCGCUCCUUGGCUGCCCGACUGCUCGUGGGGGCGGAUGGCGCCAACAGUCCGGUCCGGUCGUUUGCCGGCAUCGAGAGCCGAGGAUGGGACUACGGCAGACACGGGCUCGUCGCGACGGUCCGGAUUGAAGGCCGGGGCUGGGGAGGUCCGUCCAGCAAGGUCGCGUACCAGCGCUUCUUGCCCACCGGCCCCGUUGCCAUGCUUCCGCUGCCUGGGGACCUGUCAACCCUUGUAUGGUCCACGACCCCGGAGAACGCGGCCUUGCUGAAGCGGCUGUCGCCGAGGGAUUUCGUCGCCACCGUCAAUGCGGCCUUCCGGCUGAGCAGCGUCGACUUGGGCUAUAUGCACACCCUGGCAGAGGGUCAGCAGGAGGAGUACGACUGGAGGAUUCAGCAUGCCCCUGUCGACCUGCAAACCGUCCCGCAAACCGUCGUCGGGGUACAAGAGGGCUCGAUCGCCUCGUUUCCAUUGAAACUUCGCCACGCCGACACCUACAUCGGCGAGCGAGUUGCCCUCGUUGGCGACGCAGCCCAUACUAUACAUCCUCUAGCUGGACAGGGGCUCAACCAAGGGCAGGCGGACGUGCAGAGCCUGGUCAGGAGCAUUGAAUUCGCCGUCUCCCACGGCCAGGACCUGGGGACGCAGCUGUCCCUCGAAAGCUACAACAGCGAGAGAUACGCCGCCAACAAUGUUAUUCUUGGCGUGUGCGACAAGCUGCACAUGCUGUACUCGGUUGAAAAUGGACCCUUGGUCGGUCUGCGGUCCGUUGGUCUGCGGGCUGUCAAUGCUCUGGCACCCUUGAAGAGGUUUCUUAUGGAACAGGCCUCGGGCCCCAGCCAGUAA